AUGCCGCUGGCCCUCUUGGCCACCCGGCGCCAGACGGAGGACGUGGUGACGGUGGCAUCGAAGUUCAAGCAGCGCUACGAGUGUCGGCUCCCGCCCGCAGCCAUCCGGCGGCAGCCCGACCCCGAGGAGGAGGCGCAGCUCUACAACGGCUCCGGCGUCGCCGAGCUCCUGCGCCCCAUGGGUGCUGCCCCGUGCCUCGUCAAGACCAAGGACUGGUGGACGUACGAGUUCUGCUACGGGAAGCACAUCCAGCAGUACCACGUGGAAGAGUCGGAGAUCAAAGGAGAUGUCCUCUUCCUCGGCUACUACCAGUCGGCGUUCGACUGGGACGACGAGACGGCCAAGGCCUCCAAGCAGCACCGGCUGAAGCGGUACCACAGCCAGAGCUACGUGAACGGCUCCCGCUGCGACCUCACCGGCCGAGCCAGGGAGGCCGAAGUCCGGUUCCUGUGCGAGGAGGGCGCCGGUGACUACAUUGCCCGGGUGGACGAGCCCCAGUCCUGCUCCUACGUCCUGACCAUCCACACCACCCGCAUCUGCCACCACCCCUUCCUGCGCCCGCCGGCCGGCGCCGCACCACAGCCCAUCCUCUGCCAGCCGGCGCUCAGCCCAGCGCAGUACGUCGAGUACGUCCGCGCCCAAGUCUCUGACACCAAGCGGAAGGUGGAGGAGAUCUCGGAGGAGCUGAAGACGUUGGACACGAGGCUGUGGAGCGAGAGGGACGCCGAGACCCUCGCGCAGCCCCCCGAGGGUGUGCCGGCGGCCCGCGGUGACGCCGCGCCGGGGGACGAGCCAGACCCAGCGAAGGAGGCGGCUUUUUGGGAGCGGGUGCGUGAGGUGACCGGCAAGGCCGGCGGCCAGCAGGACAGCGCCCGGGCAGAGGAGCCGUCCCCAAAGGCAGCCGGCGGCCGGGCGGCUGAUACGCGGAAGAAAAUCCAUUUCAAAGUGAUCAGGAGCCCGGAGGACCUGCUCCAGUUCAUCGAGGAGCUGAAGGAGAGCACCAAGAAGGCCAAGGAGAAGGCAAGCGAGGAGGAGGAGGAGGCAGCGGCAAAGGCUCCCCCGGACCCUCCCGUCCCUGAAGAGCUCCCAGCGGGUGAGAGGGAGCGACCGGAGGAGGAAGAAGAGGAGGAAGAGGAAGACGGGGACCUUCUGGGUGGCUUCGAGAAGGAGCUGGAGGCCGUCCUGCUGCCCCGGGAGCAGAUGGCCCAGCUGAAGGAGGAGGUGAAGACUGAGAUGGAGAAGGAGUUUGACAACAUCAUCAACGAGGUGGAGGACGAGCUGGAAACGGAGGGGCUGAAGGGGGAGUUUGAUCGUAACCAGGCCUCCAAGUCUUUGGCCUCCACCCUCAACCGCCUCAUGGACAAGCUGGACGGGCCAGGAGGGGAGAAAGAGGAAGAGGAGGGGGCCGGGAGGAAGGCCAGCCCCGACCCCCCGGCCGAUGGGCGGGUGCGGGUGCGGGUGAGCAGGAUCGGGCCCGGCAGCGGCCGGCAACGGGAACCCCCUCGGCGGGAGAUGGGGCGGGAGAACCCCCAGCUCCAUCACAUCGAGAGCGAGGUGCGGGAGCUGCUGGCCAAGGAGGGGCUGCGGGCCGAAGUGUCCCCCCCAUCCAUGCCUGUGGUGUCCCCGUUCGUGGCCGUGGUGACCUUCCCACGCGUGGCCACGGUGUCCCCCCACGCAUGGCCGGUGUCCCCCCACGCAUGGCCACUCUUCCCGCAUGCAAAACCACAGUGGCCGCGGUCUCCCGUGCGUGGCCGUGAUCCCAUUGUCACGGCCGUGGUGCCCCCGAAACACGCGGUCAAGGUCCCCCAGGCGUGGCCAUGGUCCCCUUAA